CAACAACAGCACACAGCACCAGCCACCACAGACCCAACCACAGCAGACAUACCAAGAACAAAGCCCACAGCCCCACCACAGCACCAACACCAGCAGCAGACCACAGCCCCCAGCCACACCACACCACACACACAGAACUCACACACCCAGCACCAACCAAACCCAGACACCCACAGACCACCCACCAGCAGCCAGCCACACACAACCCAGCACAGCACCACACCACCACCACCAGCACCACAGCACCACCAAGCAGCACCAUCCAACCACAGCGCACACACCAGUCAGCCACACCCACACCACCACAGCACCCAGCCCAGAACACCACACACCCCAAACAGACCACACCCCCACCCACCAAGCACCACACAGACACCAAAAACCAGCCCACACCCAACAGCCACACACAAGCCACAACAGCAGCAAAAGCAACAAACACCAAGCACACACCACAGCCAGCACCACCCCCAGCCACACCCACACAACACAGCAGCACCACCACAACCACCUCACAGCACCCACAGCACCAGCCACCCACCAGCACAACCCAACACCCCCACAGCAACCACACCAGCCACACACACAAGCAGACAACACCACGCACCAGCAACCAGCCAACCAGCCACACCACCCAGCAAGCCACCCACAGCACAGCACACAACACACCCACCCCUCCAGACGCCAGGUCCCAAGACACCCAGCACCUGCCCCACACACUGCAGGCCCAAGAGCCCCAGCCAGGACCACCCCCAGAGCUCAGCAGGACACCAGAACCCACAGACACAACAGCCAAACACAGUCACAAACACUCACACCCCUCACCCCCCACAGGGGUAACCCACCCCAGUCACAUGUCCAGUCACCUCACCCCCCAGCCCAGACCCAGCCACCACAGCAGUCACCCACCCCCCAGCAAGGACGGUCACCAGCCACCCCUCCCAGAGCAGCACGGGACACUCCAGCACCCACAGCCUGGGACCACCCAACACCAGGAGGACUCCCUACCAGUCAGGGCAAUCCACAGCUACCAGCAGCACAAGACCACACCGCCAUACCCCUCCACAGCACCAGGACAAGCCAACACCAGGGCUCCUCCCAGACCCCAGCACCAGGAGCCCUGCCCAGACCAGACAAACUACCAGACCAGGCCCUGGACAGCCCACACCCUGACAGCACCUGCAGGGCAGCCCUGCAACCCCUCAGUCCGCACUGCCCAGCACCCACAGCCUCACAGGACUCACACAGACAGCAAGCACCCCAGACAGCCUACCAGCCACAGGGACACCCACACAGCACCCAGCAGGACACAGCCACAGCCCACAAAAACCCCCACAGGGCCACUAGGACCCCAGCUUCUGACACGCACCCAGCCCCACCCCAAGACGGACAGACACCAGCCACAGCCCCAGACUAGACGCAGACCAGACCCACCACCUCAGACAGCAGACGCCAGCCCCAGACCAGCCCACCACAGCCCCACACACCCCAGCACAGCUCACAGGGCCAGUACAGGACCCAACACACACACAGGGCAGCAGGGCCAGCCAGCCCCAGGCCAGCCUGCUCAGGAGUCAGCCCACACACAGGACCAGCCCCAUAGGAACCCCACAGCUGCCACCCCACAAAGACACCUAGGACCACCAGGACACCCAGCACCCACCACCCAGGGCCCAUCCCAGUCACCCCCACCCGACGGCCCAGGCCCACCUCCAGACCAGGACGACCACAGGGGGGACAGAGCCACCAGACACUCAACCAGCACCACCUCCCCCCCAGCAGGCCUGGACACAGACAACCCAGCCACCAGCAGUCCACCAGGACAGGCCACACACAGACUCCAGCAGGACCACUACACAGGGGGACCCUGCCCCCCCAUGUCAGACACUCCCAGACACCAGCCAGGCCCCCAGGACACAAGGGGUACCAACACCUUCCCCAGGACCCCCCAGCAAAUCCUCCACCCCACACCCCACCAACGACUGGCACAGCAAGUUGUACGCCCCACCACCAGUACUCCAGCCAGCACACCACAGACACCACGUCCUCCAGAUCCACCACAGCCCAGGCCCACCACCUCCCCCCAGCCAGAACAUGCAGCCAGGACACUAGCCUGGAGGUGCUCCAACUGGUACAGCACACUGACCCAGAAAGGACUACAGGGGGACUUCCCUCCCAGUACCAACCCCACCCUAGACAGACAGGACAACAGUCCAGUCCUACAGCCAGACAGCACCCCCCCCAGACCCACCCCAGACAGGACCAGACCCAGGACCACACAACCCCCACCAGCAGGACAGCCAACUCUUGAUCCAGCAGACCAGACACAGACCACAGUCCCUCUAGACACCCACCUAACAGACGGCAGACGUCCAGACCCAGGUAGCCCAGACCACAGGACCCAGGCUGGCCCCCAGACUCCCACCCCACCCUGCCCAGCAGACAGACCCACCAGCCCACACCCAGCACCAGCAGCAGACCCAGACAGGGCCCCCACAGUCAGACACAGCCAGGCACAGCACCCGGCCUCAGCCAGACAGCCGGCCCAACAACCCCCCCCACAGCCAGGGGGCCUGCCCCAGACAGACCCCCAGGCACACCCAGCCAGACCACCACCAGAGUCACCCCCUCCCCCACAAAUCACCCACAGCCCACACAGGACAGACAGGACGCGGCCCCAGACCACCCCCCCCCCCAACUCACCCACCCUACACCCCAGCAGACUGCUCCAGACACCAGCCACACCAGUUCCCCACACCCCCAGGCGCCCUACAGGACCAGACAGCUCACAGACGGCCACACCCUGGGGGUGGGGUGAAACCCCCCACCCCAGCACAGCAGACCAACACAGCUCCAACGCAGACCCACCCCAGGACCAGACCCUCACCCAGUCAGACCCCUCAGACACAGCCACACUAGACGCCACGGGACCCCAGUACACAGGGCCAACUCCCCAGACAGGCCCAGCCCAGCCACACAGCAGCAGCCAGACAGCCCAGGACACUGCCAGCACCACAGACUGCACAGACCCCCCAGGACCCCCCAGCCAGACCGCGCAGCCAGACCCCACAGACCCCACAGGCACCAGGCGGCAACCAGGGACUAAGCAGUCCCACAACACAGCACAGCCCAGCAGGACAGGCAGACGCAGAAGGACACUGUCGCAGCCCAGGCCCCAUCAAAGACGGUCCCACCCCACAGAUCCCACAGCCACACCACAGCCUAGCAGGGCCCCAGACAGCCAGCAGCCCCCAGCCAGACACCCACCACAAGACACCCCAGGGGCACAGCAGCCAGACAGGACAGCCAGACCACCCACCCCCCCAGACACACCAGAACCGACCCACAGACCACCCACCCCCCCUGACCAGCCAACCAGCCCCAGACGGUGCUCUCACAGCAGCCACACCACUCAGACGCACCCACCAGACCAGCAGGCCCCCACAGUCAGACCUCACCACAGACGCCACCCACCCACAGACCAGACAGCAGCCAACCCCCCCAGCACCCACCCCAGCAGAACCCCCUGCCCAGACCCAGACCAACAGCCUGACCACCCCACACCCACCGGACCCAGACCCAGAAGACACCAGCCACCCAGACGGACCAGACACACCAGCCCCCCCCAGCCCCCCCAGCAGAGGACCCCACACACAGCACAGGACCAGCAGACCCAGGACCAGACCCAAACCCCACACAGAAACCCACCACCACCAGCCCAAGCCACCAACAGACCAGACAGACACAAAAACAAAGACAAGCACACAGACACACCCAGACACCCACAACCCACACCACCCAGAACACACCCAACAAGACAACAAAGCAGACCAACCACCAAACACCCCAGAGACACCAACAGAACACCAGAAACAAGACAGAACCACCAACAGAAAGCACCCAAAAACCAGCCCAAAACCACACCAACCCCAGAACAGAACCCCAGCACACCAAACACAGCACAAAGAACAAAGACGCCCCAACCACAAACCACACACCCAAACAGACAAACCCACAGAACAGAACAAACAACCCCAAAACCAAGAACAGACCAGAAGCACAACAGCACCACACAAGACCACAAGCAGACCCAGACCACAGACAGCCAAGAACAAACACCACCACCCCAGACAGAAACAAACACAACAAGACCAGACCAGAGGAAGGAGGCAGAAGAGGGGACACAGAUACAGAGCAACAGGGGCAGCAAGAGAAAAAAAAGAGAAAGACAGGGGCACAGGCAGCAGAAAGCAAACAACAAGCAGCAAAAACAGCAAGGACACACAGGAAGAAAGAGGCAGGCACAGGGGAAAGGAGAAGCAACACAGAGGCAGAGAGGAGCAGGGGCAAGAACAAAAGAGGCACAGCAGGAGGCGCAGGCAAAGAGAGAAAAAAGGGAGCACAGGCAGGAGAAGAGCAGCAUCACCACACAGCAAGAAAGGAGCCAGGGACAAAAAAGGGAGGAGCAGCAGGGUGAAGCAGGGCAGGCAGGAGCAACAACACAGGAGAGAGGACACCAAGCAACAUGCCAGCAGGACCAGAGAGAACAGGAAGAGGGCACAGAAGCAAAGACACAGGGCAAAGAACAGAGGAAGCAGGGGCACAAGGCAGGGAAGGAAGGUCAAGGACAUCAGGAAGGCCACAAGCAAACAGACCCAGGCAAGAGAAAAACUAAGACAAAGAGACACAGGGAGGGGCACACAGAGCCAGAGGAGAAGCAGGGCAGGGAAAGAGAGCAGAAAAAGCAGGCAGAACCAGCAAAAGGAACAACAAAACAGAGGGAAGGUCAAGAGAGACACAAGAAGCAACCAACACAAACAAACCCAGGGGAGGGGCAGGGCAGGCAUAAUACAGACAAGCAAAGAAAAAAAAUCACAAAACAGACAAAGGCAAACAAGCAGGGACAGGGAAAUAGCACAGCAGAGGUGGAGGGGAGCAGGGGACUGAAACACAAAAGGCAACAGACAGGGGAGAGGGGGCAAGGCAAGGGAGGAGGGCACAAAGCAGCAAAAAAAGACACACAAAAGCAAAAACAACACACAAAGAAGCAAAGAAAAACAAGAAAAGCAAAACACAAAUACCGGGGGAGAAGAGGGAGCAGGGAAAGAGGCAGAAAAAGAGACAAGCAAAGCACAGGGCAAGCACAGCCACAAGAGGGCAAGCAACAGCACACAAGGGAAGCAAGCAGAAGACACAGCACAGUAGCGGGGAGGCAGGAAGAACAAAGAACAGCAAACAAGCAGGCAAAAGGAACAACACAAGCAGUAAGCACAGGAAACAACACAGGGCCAAACAAAGCAGCAGAGAACAAAAAAACAAGGCAGACACAGGGAGGAAAAGGCAUACAAGAAGCCAGCAGCAGCAGAAACAGGAAAAGCAGGGGCAACAGGGGAAAGGCAAAGCACACGCAAGAGAGUCCAGGACAGCAGACACAGCAGGAAACAAGCAGGCCAAGGAAAAAAAAAGCAGCACACAGGGGGACAGGGAACAGAGCCACAAAGCAACAACAGCAUGAAAUACAAGGGAGGGGGGAGGAGGCAGGGGCAAGGGGAGCAAGAGGGCACCAGGGGCAAAGACAAGAAUCAGCAACAAGCAAGGCACAGCAGCAGGGACAACAACACAAGAGGGGGAAAGACAGGGCAAGAGCAGGCAAGAGGAGAAGAGCAGGGGAGGCCAAAACACAGCACAGAAGGGAAAAAAAAGGGGGCAAAGGGGGGCAAGGAGGCAGCACAGGACACCAGCAGGAAGAGGAAAAAGAAGGAACAUGGAAAAACAAAGAACACAAGGAGGAGAGCAAGCAGGGGGGAGACAGCAAGCAGACAGAGUGCAAACAGCACACAAGAGGAAAGGAAAGGGCACAGGGUCAACAAGGGACACAGCACAAGGGGCACAGGAAACAAAAGAGAAAAGACAAUAGGGCGGCAAGAGACAGAAAAAAGAAGGCAAACCAGAGCAGGGAGCAGAGCAGCCACAGCAGAGACAGCGCAGGCAGAGCAGCCACAGAGCACAGCCAGGCACGAAGCAGCACAGCAGAAGCAGCCACCAGCAGAGCACCAGAGAGCAGAGAGGUACCAGCAGACCCCCCCAAGAGAACCCCCCACAGCAAGCCAGAGCUCCCAGCCCAGACCCCAGACCCAGCAGCCCAAGCCCCCCCAGCCAGAGAGAGCAGGUCCAGCAGCCCAGAACCACCCCCAGCAGCCCCCCCAGCAGACCAAGCCAGAUCAACAGAGAUCAGAACAGCCCCCAGCCCCCAGCAGCCACCCUCCCACCCGACCGCCGCCACCCAGCCGCCCCCAGCCAGAACCCACCAGACGCCCAGCAGCAGAGAGCCCCCGCCCCCAGACCCCCGCCCUCCCAGCCCAGACAGCAGAAAAGCCAGCCCCAAGCCCCAGAACCCAGAAGCCCAGCCCAGGAGCAGCCAGCAAAGAACCCCCAGACCCCCAGGAGACCCCCCAGCCAGCAGACAGCCAGACAGCAGCCCAAAGGCAGAGAGAACCCAGCCCAGCCCCCCCCACCAGAACAGCAGAGCCCAGGCCCAGACAGCAACCUUCCCCCAGCCACCAGCCAGAGCAGGCCCCCCCUCUGCAGUCUAG